AUGAAAACACUCAUCAGCAUUCUGAGAUCAAGUUUACAGUGGCAGCUGAUUGUUAAGAAAUGUCAAGCAGCAUAUGGAAAGAAACUGAAAGAUGACUUGAAGGGCAGUCUCUCUGGCCACUUUGAGCAUCUCAUGGUGGCCCUUGUGACUCCUCCUGCAGUGUUUGAUGUGAAGCAGUUGAAGAAGGGCACUGGAGCAAAUGAAGAUACAUUGAUUGAAGUCUUAACCACCUGGUCAAGCAGGCAGAUGAAGGAGAUUUCUCAAGCCUACUACACAGUAUAUAAGAAGAGUCUUGGAGAUGACAUUAGAAUCUCUGAAACAUUUGAUAACUUCCACAAACUUCUGUUGACUUUGGCAAAUGGCAGAAGAGAUGAAAGUCUAAAAGUGGAUGAGCAGCUGGCCGAAAAGGAUGCCCAGAUUCUCUAUAAUGCUGGUGAGAACAGAUGGGGCAUGAAUGAAGAUAAAUUCACUGAGAUCCUAUGUCUAAGGAGCUUUCCUCAACUAAAAAUAGCAUUGACAUUUGAUAAAUACAGAAAUAUUAGCCAGAAGAACAUUGAGGACAGCAUAAAAGGAGAAUUUUCUGGGCAUUUUGAAGACUUACUGCUGGCCAUAGUUCAUUGUGCAAGGGACAUGUGUGCCCUUUUAGCUGAAAGACUAACUCAAGAUUUGAAGAGUGUUGGAACUGAUGAGUUUACUCUGAACCAAGUAAUGGUUUCCGGAUCAGAAAUUGACCUGUUGGACACCCGAGCAGAGUUUAAGAAGUGUUGAAGCUAUUACCUAUAUUCAGCAAUUAAAUCGGAUACUUCUGGAGACUAUGUUAAAGGGACACUUUUUUUAAUGUUUUAAUUGAUUUUUAGAGAGGAAGGGAGAUUAGAGAGAGAAACU